AUGGCUUCCGUGCAACCAGUUUUUAGAGAUGGUGGUAGUAGCAAUAAACCACCAUGCAUCGUUGGAGAACACUAUGACUUUUGGAAGAUACGCAUGCAAGCAUAUCUUGAGGCACAAGGAGAUAAUAUUUGGAAAAGUUUCAGAAAGAAGGAUGGUUCCACUUCAAGCCAAAAAUUCACUUGCUUUGAGUGUGGAAAGCAAGGACACAUAAAAGCAGAAUGUCCAAACACUAUCAAGAAAAAUACUAUCAAAAAGAAAGAAUUCAAAAAGGCAUAUAUAGCAUGGGAGGACAACAAAGUCAGUUCAUCUUCGGAUUCAGAAAGUGACGAAUAUGCAAAUGUCGCCUUGAUGGCAUCACAUCAAUCCGAAGAAAAAGAAGAGGUUAGUAACAAAGACUCUCCUCAUCAUAAUGAGACUAAUAGUGAAUUAAUUAUUGAAUAUAAUGAUGCUGAAAAUGCAAUUAAAGAACUACUUAUGGUAUGCAAACAAAGUACCUCAAAUAUGUGGUUCUUGGAUAAUGGAUGCUCAAAACACAUGACCGAUGACAAAAUAAAAUUUUCAGCUCUAACUCUUGAAUCAAAAGGUUAUGUGGUCUAUGGAGAUAACAACAAGGGAAAAAUUAUAGGCAUUGGAAAAGUUGGUACAACCCAUUCUCCUUCAAUUGAAGAUGUUUUAUAUGUUGAGGGUUUAAAACACAAUCUAAUUAGCAUCAGCCAGCUUUGCAACAAAGGUUAA